UGAGAAGGGAAAUGAGGUAAAGGGUGAAGAGAUGGGGCAAGGAGUGGAGCAGAAGGUUUUAGAGGACCAGGCAGACCAAAUACCAAUGAUGGAGAAGCAGGGGGUUCUGGGAAAAAACAAACCUGAGAAGAAAGUAAAGAAGAGAAAAUGGUGGCAGAGACGCCAGAAGGUAGAGAUGCAGGACGUGGAGGGUGAGAAGGGAAAUGAGGUAAAGGGUGAAGAGAUGGGGCAAGGAGUGGGGCAGAAGGUUUUAGAGGACCAGGCAGACCAAACACCAAAGAUGGAGAAGCAGGUGGUUCUGGGAAAAAACAAACCUGAGAAGGUAGAGAUGCAGGUGGCCCCACGGGACCUGGUGAAAGAACCAGAACAGGUCGUCGUAAAGGACCAGAGGAGGAAACCAGUAAACAAGGUGGUUCUGGUUUGUGAGAUUGAGAUGAAGAAGUUAGAGCAGGUGGACCCAGUGGAGCAGGUGGACCCAGUGGAGCAGGUGGACCCAGUGGAAAAACCUGACCAGGUCGUGAAAAAGAUAGAGAAACAGGUGGCCCCGCUGAACCUGGUUGAAGAACCAGAGCAGGUCAUCCUUAAGAACCAGUGGAUGGGACAUGUAAGAAAUAAGAUUCAUUGCAUAGAGAAUGAGAUAAAGAAGGCAGAGGGGCAGAUGGUCCAGCUGAACCUGGUGGAAGAACCAGAGCUGGUCAUCCUAAAGGACCAGGGGAAGGGACAGGUAAAAAAUAGGGUGUGUUUUAUAGAGAAUGAGAUAAAGAAGGAGGAGAGGCAGGUGGACCCGCUAAACCUGGUGGAAGAACCAGAGCUGGUCAUCCUAAAGGAGCAGGGGAAGGGACAGGUAAAAAAUAGGGUUAGUUUUAUAGAGAAUAAGCUAAAGAAGGAGGAGAGGCAGGUGGACCCAGUGAAUAAAACAGACCAGUUCGUGAAGAAGGAGGAGAGGCAGGUGGCCCCACUGAACCUGGUGGAAGAACCAGACCAGGACAUGAAGAAGGAUCCAGCAGCUUUGGAGGACAAAAUAUGGAAACUGAAAGAGCAGAACCUGGAUAGAGGAUGCACUGAAGGUUUCAUUUCUCCAUCAGAUCCACUGAAGAACAUCUCCGAGGUGUCUUCAAACAAACCAGACCCCCAGCAGCUGCAGGACGACGUUCUUGUUCCCAUCGUCGAAGCCCAACCUGAAGAGUCCGGGGCUCUGAUGGAGAGCGCGUGUGAAUAUGAAGGUGUCCCGAUGCCGAAGUCGAGGAGAACCAGCCUGAGAACCAAACGGUUCCAGUUCUUCAACGUCUGAAACUGAGGUGGUGACGAUCCGGAGAUCAUCCAAUCACACGCCGACUUUUCCAACAUCAAAAUAACAAUAAAGUGCCUUCAUGAA